AUGCACAUGGAACCAGACGCUGCAGAAAGGUGCCCGUACCUGGUAGUGCGUGCCAUGCGGCUCCUGGCCGGGUAUGGAGUCUUCCUCAAUGCAUCGACGGAGCGCUCCGUCUGCCGCCUGCUAGAUCACCUUGUGCAGGCCCAGGACCUUUCUCCUGCCAGCCUCGUAGGUACAUUCGUCUCUCGAAAGGUCGACUGCAUGGCUAAGUACUGCCGCGUAUACGUCCUGUCGCCAAUGCGCUGCGGGGAAUUCUGCACUCCUUGUCGGCACGUGGUAUACCCCCUGAAACCUGGGGUCAAGUGGAUCACUGGAGAGGGCUGCCCGCCUCCUGUCCCGUAUCUCCUGAACUUUGCGCAAAGGCCGUUGUGGCCUGCCAAGCCCAGUCCUCCUCCGACUGGAGCACCGAAUGCAUCUUCUUCCAUGCGCUCGCGGGACCUCCUGCUGCACAUUUGCUUGCCAAGCCCGGGCGUCCUCUUUGGGGCAGGGUACGGCUGGGAGAGUGUAGGCAUCCACGCUGCUGAACUAAUGGGCAUGCUUUCUGCUCUACGCUGGUGUCGCGUCUGUGAUUGGACCCUCUUAGUGCUGGACCGUUCCUCGCUUUUUCCGCUCUUGGCUGUGGAGUUCACUGUCUCCUCCAAGUCCGUACUUGCCAGGUCCUGCCAACAUCUAGUCUCCAGGGUCCACGCGGUCAUCCGGGCACUAAAGUCUGCUUGGUCCAACCUGGUGCCUAUGCCGUGCUGGCGCUCUCACCAGCUAUCUUUCCCCGGCAGGUGGAAUGUCCAACAAGACUCCCAUGGCAGGUCCAUCACACUAUGCCGCAUCGCCUUCGCGGAACAUGGGUUAGUUGGAAUUGAUGUUAAGAGCCAUCAGACAGACUCUCCGAUUCCCAACAGUUUCAUUGUACAAGGCAAUGAAAGUCAAGACACCCAGUGUGGAGAGGCAUGUAAUCUGCCUUGCCCGGCUGAUGUUUGGUGGCCAUCUGGGGGUCCGGCCUUCCAGCUCUCAUUUGAAGGCAAAGCGAUCUCCAACCCUUCUCGUGCCUUCUUUCGCCGCCUGCUGCGGACUGAAGCCGUGGCCAAGUGGAAGCAACGAACUGUCCAAGGCAAGUUGGCGUCCGUUUCAGGCGUGUUUCGCCCCGGGUUGGAUAUUCGGUUGUUCACACGCUUCCAGGUCCCCGCUAAGUGGCACCGCUGGUUGCUCCCCUCAGACACGCAGAUGGUUGACAUCUCAGCCUUCGCUUACCGCUGCGUGCGAUUGGAGGAAGCUGGACGGAGCGGUUGCAUUUCUGACACACGCCUCCUGGACCUCGCGCAACGCUGGUCCGAUGCUGAAGGUUUCUCCCACCGCACCUGCCCCCUUUGUCGAGCAUUGCCGGGCACCCCUCGUCACGUGGUGAUGUCCAGCCCGGCUAUGCUCCGGCUCUUCACACGGCCGCUGCCCAGCACCUUCUUCUUGCACGGGCUAAGUCACCCUCAAAUGAUGAUGGCAGGCGUUGGCCGAUCCUCGCGACAUGGCACUGGUUGGUACCCAUGA